AUGAAGCCAGUUUUCUUCUUCAUCGUCUCUCUCCUUCUCCUUCCUCUCUUGGCCGCGUGCUCAGAGCAAAAGGUGUACAUAGUGUAUUUUGGAGAGCACGGUGGAGAGAAAGCACUGCAUGAAAUAGAGGACAUCCACCACUCGUAUUUGCUCUCUGUGAAAGAUAGUGAGGAACAUGCCCGAGCUUCACUGCUUUACAGUUACAAGCACAGCAUCAAUGGCUUUGCAGCAGUUCUCACUGAAGAUGAAGCUUCCAAGUUAUCUGAACUGGAAGAAGUUGUAUCAGUGUGGCCAAGCCACCCAAAGAAGUACACUAUGCACACAACCAGGUCAUGGGAGUUUGUGGGGUUGGAAGAAGAGGAAGAGGGGAAUUACUGGAAGAACAACCAGAUGGGAGGAGACUUCUUAUCCAAAGCCGGGUUUGGGAAGAACAUCAUAGUUGGAGUCCUUGAUAGUGGUGUAUGGCCAGAAUCAAAGAGCUUCAGUGAUGUAGGAAUGGGGCCCAUUCCAAAAUCAUGGAAGGGAAUCUGCCAAACUGGAGUUGGCUUUAAUUCAUCCCACUGCAAUAGGAAGCUGAUAGGAGCUCGUUACUACCUCAAAGGGUUUGAGCAAUACUACGGCCUUCUUAAUGUCUCAGAGGAUUCCAGAUCACCCCGUGACAUGGAUGGCCAUGGAACACAUACGAGCUCCACCGUGGCAGGCCGAGUCGUUCCCAAUGCCUCGGCUUUAGGCGGGUUUGCUAGUGGCUCGGCCUCUGGGGGAGCCCCAUUGGCACACAUUGCCGUUUACAAGGUGUGCUGGGCUAUACCAGGCCAAUCCAAGGCUGAAGGGAACACCUGCUUUGAGGAGGACAUGUUUGCAGCCAUGGAUGAUGCCAUAGCGGACGGUGUGGAUGUGAUGAGCCUAUCGAUCGGAACAUCGCAUCCUGUGAAAUUCACCGAGGACGGUAUUGCUCUUGGAGCAUUGCAUGCCGCCAAGAAGAACAUUCUGGUGGCUUGUAGUGCAGGCAACUCGGGGCCUUCCCCAUCUACUUUAUCAAAUCCAGCUCCAUGGAUCUUCACUGUUGGUGCCAGCAGCCUGGACCGAACAUUUAUGUCACCUGUUGUGCUUGGAAAUGGCUUGAGCAUUGAGGGAGAAACAGUGACCCCAAGCAAGCUGGAAGAGAAUAAGAAGUACCCUUUAGUAUAUGCAGGGGACGUUGUUAACCCUGGUGUAGCCCAAAAUCUAACAGGACAAUGCCUUGCAGGCUCUCUUUCACCUGACAAAGUUAAGGGAAAGAUAGUGUUCUGCUUGAGAGGUGUUGGGAUGAGAGUUUCAAAAGGCAUGGAAGUGAAAAGAGCGGGCGGUGCUGGUUUUAUCUUAGGAAACAGCAAAGCAAAUGGCGGUGAAAUCUCGGUUGAUCCUCAUGUUCUUCCUGCCACUGCAGUGACAUAUAGCAAUGCCAAUAGGAUCAUGGAAUACAUCAACUCUACCGAAAAUCCAGAGGCAACUAUUAUACCAGCAAGGACAGUGUUGCAUACAAAGCCAGCUCCAUACAUGACUGCUUUCACUAGUAGAGGCCCAAGUGUUAUUGACCCUAAUAUUCUCAAGCCUGAUAUCACAGCUCCUGGACUGAAUAUAUUGGCAGCGUGGACUGGGGGUGAAGCCCCUACCAAGUUGGCAAUGGAUCACCGAGUGGCUCAGUAUACAAUUGAGUCUGGAACUUCAAUGUCUUGCCCUCACAUUGCCGCGGCGGCGGCACUUCUCAAAGCCAUUCACCCUACUUGGAGCAGUGCUGCCAUAAAAUCUGCUCUAAUGACUACAGCCGGGAUAAAGAACAACCUACACAUGCCAUUGAACGAUGAAUCGGGCAAUGCUGCAACUCCCUUUGCAUAUGGUGCUGGCCACUUCCGACCCACCAAGGCAGCAGACCCUGGCCUUGUGUACGAUGCUUCAUACAAAGACUAUCUUCUCUACUUCUGCAGUAUCGGAGUCAAGAAUUUCGAUCCAAACUUCAAGUGUCCAAGAUCACCACCAACAGCAGUCAACCUGAACUAUCCUUCCAUCGCAAUCCCGAAACUAAAUGGCACCAUCACGAUUAAAAGGACAGUCACAAAUGUUGGUAACGCCAAGAGCGUCUACUUCUUUACCUCCAAACCACCUCUGGGAAUCUCGGUUAAGGCCUCUCCAAGUAUAUUGUUCUUUGAUCAUGUUGGCCAGAGGAAGAGCUUCACCAUUACUGUCAAAGCAAGGACAGAGAUGCUUAACGAGAAGCCGUUGAAAGAUGAGUAUGCAUUUGGGUGGUACACAUGGACUGAUGGACCUCAUAUUGUAAGGAGUCCAAUUGCAGUCUCUUUAGCAUAGAAUUAAAAUGAGUCAUCUCUUGCAACAACUCGUUGGGAUUUGCUUUACUGAAAUCUAUAGGAUAGAAAAUAGGACUAUGGGACUCUUGGCCCCACUUGAUCGAAGGGUUUGUCUAGAUGUAUCAUACCCUAUUUACUUAUUUAGUAUCAAAAGUUUAAAACAAUAAAACUGAAGAGAAGAGUUUCACCGCAUAGUUUACUUAUUAAGAGUGGAUCUUAUUCCGUGUCUGUACAUACUGUAUCUUCAUAGCUAGUUCUAUGGGAUAAAGAAGGAAAACUUGUAAUUUAUCUUUAG